CUCUGCUUGCCCGGCCAACCUAAACCCCCUCCACACUUUUUUAUAACCUAUGACCGACCUCAAAGUUUACCAGGAAGCAUUCGCUCCCAUCCCACCCCACCGUUUUAAUACCACCCUCCGUCCCAACCAUCCCUCCUCCCACCGCGCCAUUAGCAGAGCUUAACCCAUUGCCGAUCGAGCAGGCAGAUAUCGUGUGUGCAUAGCGAGAGCGGCAUGGGGAACCUGAUCUCGGCGGGCGCGGCGGCGGGCGCGAGCGGAGGGAAGGUGGUGAUGGCGGACGGGAGCGUGCGGGCGCUCAGCGAGCCCGUGUCCGUGGCGGAGCUCAUGAUGGACCACCCGCGCCACUUCGUCGUCGACGCGCGCCUGCUGCAGCAGCGGAAGGGCGCCGCAGCCGGCGGGGCCAGCAAGGUCGCGCCGCUGCCGGCCGACCACGUGCUGGGCGCGGGCGGCGUCUACGUCCUGCUGCCGGCCACCCGCGGCAAGGUGUCCGCCGAGGAGGCGCGGCGCGUGCUCACGGCGUCGCGGUCGCUGGCGCGCUCCAGGUCAAUGCCGGGCGGGCUGCGGAGGAAGCUCUCGUCCAGGAAGAGCCGGGAAGCCGACGACGCCGAUAGGUCGGCCAAGAACGAGGCGGCGGCGGCGGCUGUGGCAGAAAUGGAGAGGAGGGAGGAGGCGGCGGCGACGGCGGACGGGUUCGAGGAGCACCGCCCGGAGUUCUUGAGCCGGGAGCUGUCGUGCCGGGGGUGGAAGCCGAGCCUGAACACCAUCGAAGAGCGUGUCAUUCCCAAGAAGGUGUCCCAUUGGCUCUUCUGAAUUUCUUUCCGAUGGAUGACCAGACAAGGUGAGCCGAGUAGUAGGCUUCUUUGACUUGUCAUCAGGAUCUAGUCUCUUCUUCCUUGCUUCCUUUUUUUUCUUCGUUCAAAUGCUUGUUCUGUCAACUGCAUGUGUUUGCAUGUGAUGAGAUAGUGCAAGUGAAAUUAAGCCCCCGUGUAACUAUAAGAUUGAUUAGUUGGAUGGUUGAGCGCUGUGGAUCAAUAUGGAAAUUAAUCGAAUUGCAAUGAAAUCGUAAUCUCAGAUCA